CAUGCCGUCCACGGUGCUGCUGAAUCUGUUCCGUUGUGGUCGUUCGUCCAUCGGUAGACGGACCAUUCUCGCCGUACGGUCCUCAACGGAGACACCGUCCGAGCAGGUGGGUGGAGCGUUGUUGGGGUUGGUGAGCGUGCGUCAAGCAAGCGGGUCAAUGCGAUUCGACAGUGAUGGCAGCGGCCGGCCAGUGACUUGGGACUCAUUUGGUAUUUGGGAUAACAGGAUAGAAGAACCUAUACUGCUGCCUUCCAGUAUAAAAUAUGGAAAACCCAUUCCACAGGUCAGUCUGUCUCGAGUCGGCAGUGCCUCCGUUCUGGGUCUCAGGAAGCAGAACGAAGACCGUCUCCGUAUCGCCCGUAUCCAUGACAACGUGCUGUACUUUGCUGUGUUUGACGGCCACGGCGGCCCACACGCCGCCGACUACUGCUACGCCUUCAUGGACAAAUUCAUCAGAGACGCUUUGGAGGAGGACGAUGAUUUGGAGAGAGUUUUGAAGAAAGCCUUUUUAGACGCCGACAAGGCUCUACACACACAUCUCAGCUACUUCAACAAUGCCUCCUUCCUGACAGCCGGCACCACGGCAACAGUUGCUAUACUCCGUGAUGGACUGGAGCUGGUGGUCGGCAGCGUUGGCGACAGUCGGGCAAUGCUUUGCAGGAAGGGAAUAGCCACCAAACUCACCACGGACCACACCCCCGACCGCAGAGAUGAGAGACAACGGAUCCAGAGGUUUGGCGGUUAUUUGGAGUGGAACAGCGUGGGUCAGGCGAACGUUAACGGGCGUCUCGCCAUGACGCGCAGCAUCGGAGACUUUCACCUCAAGUCCAGUGGCGUCAUUGCAGAACCGGACACGCUCCGGCUCAAAAUCCAACACGCCAACGACUCUUUCCUGGCUUUGACGACGGACGGCAUCAACUUCCUGCUGAGUGACCAGGAAAUCUGCGACGUCAUCAACCAGUGCCACGACCCCACCGAGGCUGCUGACGUCAUCGCUGAACAGGCGCUGCAGUACGGCUCCGAGGACAACGCCACCAUCGUCAUCGUUCCGCUCGGAGCCUGGGGGAAACAUCAGAGCUCGUCCGCCAGCUACAGCAUGAGCAGGAACUUCGCAUCGAGCGGCAGAUGGGCGUAGAACCCACACCU